AUGAGGACAUCUAUUCAUAUCUAUUUCACCAUCACCAACUUUCUCUCUCUCCUAAGCUUCUUACCAAUAGCUCUCGCCGCCACAAGCCCCAUCUCAAAUAAGCCUCAUGCACGGCUCUUAGCCCAGCUACCGCCCUCCUCUCUCUUUCAAGAUGCCUCCAUCCAAGUCGCCGCCGCCGUCGAGCAAUGUCGCCCAGGAGAACUAGUCUGUAAUGACGGCUGCAUGCCCCUUCGCGCAGAAUGCUGCCCCGACGGUGACGGAUACUGUAAGCAAGGGAAUGCCUGCGUCAUAGACGGUUGUUGUCCCUUUGGGAAAAUAUGCGACGGCCGGAUCGUCUGUGAUUUGGGCGAAGAGCCUUGUGGCGACAAGCAUUGCAUGCCUAACGGGGCUGUCUGCUGCCCAAAUGGAUCAUACUGCCGUGCUGGAGAGGAGUGUUUUCAGAACGGCUUUGAGCAUUAUUGCCAGCAUGCCGGAAGCAACACCACCAAAGGAACGAAGACAAGCAGCAUCUCCAAAGCAACGAGUUCCCAUGACCAGAGCACUACGAGGGACUUGACAUCGGCUAAAACUAGCCAUGAAGAAACUUCACUGCCAGCAUCGACAUCGACAUCGGCAUCGACAUCCUCGAAGACCUCCUCUUCCGACCAUGAGACCAACAAACCAGUAGUGCUCCCAACGCUUCAUCUCCCUUCAGAAUCGUCAACUUCGUCAUUUGUGGAGGUACCGUCAACUACUUCUUCACGAGCACCUGAGCCAACCACUUCUGCAUCAAACGACAAUGCCACGACUGCUGUGAAAGCGCCAGGAGUAAAGCUUACUCUGGCAUUGGUGUUGAUAUUGAUGGCCGUUAUUGGUUUGUAA